AAACAGCCACAGUGGGAGCUUCCUAAUCUCUGUGUUAUGACUCUCACAUGAUUCUGCAACUACUAUAUCUCUGGGCAACAGACCAGCUGAGUGCUACAACCCCCCAACCCCAAUCCCCUCCUCUCUUUCUCUUUCUCACUCUGCCUCUCUCUUACUCUCCCUCGCUCUCUCGCUCUCUCUCUCUCUCUCAGGAGAAGACUCCACAUAUCCUGGCUCCUGGGAAAUAUGAGACAGUUUAAGGUGUUGAAGCUCCUUCGUUUCUGGAGGACCAGAGAGGACGACGCGCAGAAUAAAGAGACGGCUCCACUCAUACCCAAGGAAAAUAUUGAUACGCAGGCAGCUGUAUUUGAUUCCACUAACGGAGAAGAGGUGCAUGAUGGGAAAGCUUGGCAGGAUGAGCCUGUGAGCGGGCAGGGAGGCUGGGCACCGUCCUGGUCAUGUGACUCGGUGCUGAAGAGCCUCCUCUUCCUCAGUAACCUGCUGUUCUGUGUGGUGGGGCUGGUGGCGCUGGCGCUGGGGGUGUGGGGGCUGGUGGAGAAGGAGUCCCUGGCGCAGGAGCGGGUUGGGCAGCUGGGCGCAGACCCCAUGCUGCUGGUCCUGUGCCUGGGGCUGGCGCUGGCGCUGCUGUGUCUGUGCGGGUGUGUGGGCACACUGCGGGAGAAUGCCUGCCUGCUCCGAGCCUUCAGCGCUGCCCUGCUGGCCCUGCUCACCUCCCAGGUGCUGCUUGCCAUCGCCGUCUACGCCCUCCAUGGGCAGGUAGGGGCCUACCUGCGCUCCGCCAUGCUGCUCGCCAUGGCCCGUUACCAGGACGACCUGGACCUGCGCUUCCUCACCGACGAGCUACAGAUGGGUCUGCAGUGCUGCGGAGCCGACAGCUACAGGGACUGGGAGAUUAACAUGUAUUUUAACUGCUCAGGGCCAGGGGUGCAGGCCUGUGGGGUACCCCCGUCCUGCUGUGUGGACCCCCUUGAGAAUGGCACUGUGUGGAAUUCGCAGUGUGGAGUGGGGGCUCAGAGGCUGGAUGAGUUUUCGGCUCAGGCGGUUGUGUUCCUGGGGGGGUGCCUGGGGGGGAUCUCCCGCUGGGUGGAGCGGAACUCAGGCUCCAUAGGGGUGGUGGGUGUGGUCCUGCUGGGUGUGCAGGUGUUGGGGGUGUUCAUCUCCACAUGGCUGCUCGAGCACAUUCAGAGAAGCAAGUCCCAGUACUGAGCCCGCCCAUAGCAGCAGUGACCCCUCCCACAGCAGCACUGACUCCACCCACAGCAGCAGUGACCCAACCUACAUCAGCACUGAGCCCGCCCAUAGCAGCAGUGACCCCUCCCACAGCAGCACUGACUCCACCCACAGCAGCACUGACCCCUCUCACAGUCAGACUAACCACACCCACAGUAGUACUGGUCCUGUCCACAUACACACACUCACACUUCACAAACACACAUGUACACUUAAUUACACAUACACUCACUCACUCAAUCACACACAUCCAGAUGAACACACACACACACACUCACUGAGUCAUUAGCUGCCGUAACAGUCCACUGCAGUGGUGACAUUUUAACACAAGAGGGCAGAAGAGGCCAGCAGAAUAGGGCAGUGUAGGCCUAUGGUACUGUUACAGGCUGCUGCACACAUAUAUCUAUUUCUCUACACGUAAUGAAUACUGUAUAAUUUUUUUGAAUAAAAUAAUCAAUGGUGAAUCUCUGGUCGAUCUCAAUGGGGUAAUCCUGGUUAAAUAAAGGAAAUUUAAAAAAUAAUACUGUAAAGACUGAGCCACCAACUCUGGGUUAAUAGUAUAUUAUAAACAACGAUGGGUGGAAUCUGUACUAUAUUGUAAAGAAUGAUAGGUGGAGUCUGUACUAUAUUAUAAAUAAUGAUGGGUGGAGUCUGUACUAUAUUGUAAACAAUGAUGGUUGGAGUCUGCACUAUAUUAUAAAUAAUUAUGGGUGGAGUCUGUACUAUAUUAUAAAUAAUUAUGGGUGGAGUCUGUACUAUAUUAUA